AGGAGUCAGGAACCAGGGAACUCAGCCAGCUGAGGGGUUCAAAUUCCUCUGAGGUGAACUCUGAGAAAGGAACCUGUGGGCACAGGAGGCCUGAGGAGGGAGAGAGCCAGAGGGGAAGACCCAGCCAUUCUGCCAACUCACAGCCAGUCUUGGAAGCCGCAGUCAGCUGAAGCCGCCUCCCCUCAGGGUCCCGACUUGCCUGUCUCUCUUUGGCCCCCAGUGCCUGCCGGGAAGGAAAGCCGGAUAGAGCAAGAAGACGAUGGAGCCAGGCAGGACUCAGAUAAGGCUUGAUCCCAGGUACACGGCAGAUCUUCUGGAGAUACUGAAAACCAAUUACAGUGUUCCCUCUGCCUGCUUCUCUUACCCUCCCACUGCAGCCCAGCUUUUGAGAGCAUUGGGCCCUAUGGAUAUUUCCCUCAUGGUCAUCAUGACCUUGUUUGUCCUGGGCUCAAUAGCCAUCUUCCUGGAGGCUGCUGUCUACCUGCACAAGAACACCCGCUGCCCUAUCAAGAGGAAGACCCUGAUCUGGUGCAGCUCUUCACCCACGAUAGUGUCUGCAUUCUCCUGCUUUGGUCUCUGGAUUCCUCGUGCCCUGACACUAGUGGAAAUGGCCAUAACUGCGUUUUACGCGAUGUGCUUUUACCUGCUGAUGCAGGCCAUGGUGGAAGGCUUUGGUGGGAAGGAGGCGGUGUUGAGGACACUGAAGGACACCCCGGUGAUGAUCCAUACAGGCCCCUGCUGCUGCUGCUGCCCCUGCUGCCCCCGAAUCAAGAUCACCAGGAAGAGACUUCAGCUGCUGCUGUUGGGCCCCAUCCAGUACGCCUUCUUCAAGAUAUCAUUGACCCUGGUGGGCCUGUUUCUCAUCCCUGAUGGCAUCUUUGACCCAUCAGACAUUUCUGAGGGGAGCACAGCUCUAUGGAUCAACACUUUCCUCGGUGUGUCCACCCUGUCGGCUCUGUGGACCAUAGGCAUCAUUUUUCGUCAAGCCAGGCUGCACCUGGGCGAGCAGAACAUAGGAGCCAAAUUUGUUCUGUUCCAGGCACUCCUUAUUCUGUCUGCCCUGCAGCCAUCCAUCUUCUCAGUCUUGGCCAGUGGCGGGCAGAUUGCUUGUUCACCUCCCUUUUCUUCUAAAAUCAGGUCUCAAGUGAUGAACUGCCACCUCCUCAUCCUUGAGAGUUUUCUGAUCACUGUGCUGACACGAAUAUACUACCGAAGGAAAGAUGACAAGCUUGGAUAUGAACCUUUCUCUUCUCCAGACCAGGAUUUGAACCUCAAAGCCUGA